AUUUAUGCGGACAAUUGCAGGAUUCCGUGCGACUAUUCAAACAAGAACCUAUCCAUAAGAGUGGAGGAGAGCAGCCGGAGGCCCAGUUUAUUAACGGUCAAACUUAUCUACCAAGGUGGACAAACUGACGUCGUGGCAGUCGACGUGGCGCGGUUCGGUUCGCCAGCAUGGCAGUUCAUGACCCGGCUCAACGGCCCGGUCUGGACCACCAGGCAAGCACCGGGCGGCCCGCUUCAGUUCCGGUUCGUGGUGACGGGUGGGUACGACGGCAAGUGGGUGUGGGCCCAACAGGAGGUGUUGCCGGCUGAGUGGCGGUCCGGCGAGGUGUACGAUACGGGAGUUCAGAUCACCGAAAUAGCGCAGGAGGGCUGUUCUCCUUGUGACACGGAGGAAUGGCGGUGAAAAUAACGGUGGUGGGUUUUUGUUCCUUUUUUACGCCUAAAUAAGAAAGGAAACCAUAUAAUGUAAAAGAUCAGAAGGUUAUAAUUGUAAGUAUAUGGUUUUAUGUUUGUGAUAGAAAAUUAGGGCUGGGCUGAGAGCAACGU